UAGUAGCAGAGUUCAUGCUGUUGCUCCCACUUUCCGGAGGUAACACAGCUCUGGCGGGAGCCUCUCCCAGGGAUCUCUCGGAGGCAGAGCUAAGGUCCCACGGAGCAGAAUUCACCUCUGGGGAGUCAACCCAAAGUCUAAUGAAGUUAAUAAGUAGCUGCAAUGCUUCAAAAACACUAAAUGCCAAUAAUAUGGAGACAUUAAUUGAAUGUCAAUCAGAGGGUGAUAUCAAGGAACAUCCUCUGUUGGUAUCAAGUGAGAGUGAAGAUAGUAUAUGCCAGCUGAUUGAGAUUAAAAAGAGAAAGAAGGUGUUGUCCUGGCCCUCUCUGAUGAGGAGACUUCCACUUUCCUCAGAUUUUUCGGGAGCUUCAGAGCCAGAAUUGAAAGCAUCACUGUUUGAUCAGCCCUUGUCUGUUAUCUGUGAUGAUGAUACACUCCCCAGACCCAUCCAGGAUAUUCUCGCUAUUCUGUACCUUAAAGGCCCUUCCACUGAAGGAAUAUUCAGAAAAGCAGCCAACGAGAAAGCCCGUAAAGAGCUAAAGGAAGAGCUCAAUUCAGGAGGCAUAGUGGAUCUGGAAAGUCUGCCUGUGCACCUCCUGGCUGUUGUCCUUAAGGACUUCCUUAGGAGCAUCCCCCAGAAGCUGCUCUCCUGUGACCUGUUCGAGGAGUGGAUGGGCGCCCUGGAGAAGAAGAGCGAGGAGGGCAGGAUUGAGGCCCUGAAGCAGGUUGCAGACCAGUUGCCCCGGCCCAACCUCCUGCUGCUCAAGCCCCUACUAUCCAUGCUCUACUGGAUCAGCAAGAACUCCGAGACCAGCAAGAUGGAUGCCAGCAACCUUGCCAUCUGCGUGGGACCCAGCAUGCUGACCCGAGGCGAUGCCCAGAGCCUGUCCUUAGAGGCCCAGAAAGACUUGAACCAUAAGGUUAACACACUGGUGGAAUUCCUCAUCGAUAACUGCCUUGAAAUGUUUGGGGAGAACAUUCUGGCACACUCCAGGAUCACUUCUGAUGACUCCCUGGAACACACUGACAGUUCAGAUGUGUCCACCCUGCAGAACGACUCAGCCUAUGACAGCAAUGACCCCGAUGCCGAGGCCAGCAGCAGGGUCAGCUCUCCCGGCAGGCAGCCCCAGGCGGCCGCAGAGCCCAGGGACCUGCAGCAGACGUGGGAGCUGAGUCCGGAGUCCACGGCGAGUGCGGUGACCCGGCUGAGGAACGCGCUCGGCCACCCAGAGAGGAGCCACUCAGAACCCAGCGUGUGGUCCUCACUGGGCUGCCUGGAGGGCAGGGACCCGGCCCCCACGCUCCCCAGCAGCAACGCUGACCCCACCGUGGCACCUGCAGGUUCUGGAUUGGAAAGUGAAGACCCCGAAGACCCAUUCCCAGAGGAGGUGUUUCCUGCCAGUGAACGCAAACAGCAGGGACCACCCGGCCUGAGCAGGGAGAACGUGGCUCAGGACUCGGGGUCCCCGUGCGGCCUGGCGCCCAAAGCCCCGUCCAGCGGCUCUCUGGAUGCCUCUUCUGAAGGCUCACCCCUGCCUUCUCCUGCCAGUCCCAAAAGAAAUCUCUUCACCAGACACAGGUCUUUCACCAAGGGCGAGAAGAGCAAGCCCAGCAGAGAAAUCAAAAAACACUCCAUGUCGUUCUCCUUUGCCUCUCACAAGAGAGGGCUGACUAAGACCCCCAGCUUCAGCUCUGUGAAGUCCAAAGACGUCUCCAAAGACCAAGUCAGCAGGGGCUUCAAAAAGGAAAUCCAGCUGGCUGGCCGGAUCAUUCGGGAAGGCUGGCCUGAGAGCCACAGCCACCCAGCUCUGGACUUCAGCCCCAGGCCCUGUGCCCUUUCCACAGAGGAGGUGUUCCGGCUGGUGGAUGAGAGGAGCCCUGGAAAGCCACCCUCUUACCAGGAGGCCAUCCGGUGCCGGGCACCCGAGCUUGCGGCCUGCGGGGGCCAGACGGUGGACAGCAUGAGGGCCUGGAUGCUCAGCCUGGAGGUCCAGCCACCACCCGCUCUACCCCAUCUCCCCAGAGGGGAGUCAAGGACUCUGUGCAGUCAGGAGCCACUUGGCGGGCACAGGACUGAGAGCUGGGAACAGAAGGGAGCCGACUGCGCAUCCACGGAGCCCACAGGCCAUGUGACUGUCACACGGAGACCUGAGCUGCUCCGGCUCAGAACCCUGUCUGAGUCCAGACAGAAGAAUAAGCAGGACUAUCUGGUGCGGACCUGCAGUCAGCCGGUCUUUGAGGCCCACCAGCUCCUGUAUGCCAGAGAAUCCUACAUCUAGGGAGCCAGCCAGAUGCCACGGCCCAGCUCCUGGUGUCUCUGCACAGGCCUCACUCUGCAAAGAACUGCCUCUAGACUGUUUUCCAGAAAGUCGAGAAUAAGCUCCUUCAGAAAAGUUGUGUCAAGCCCUCAGCAGAGGCAGCAACAGACACAACAGCCCUCAGGUGGAAGCUAUGCCCUGAGCCCUGCACCCGUGGCAGGUGUACACAGGUAUCCCAGGACGGCACCAGGUGCAGUGUCUCCACCGAUGAGGACAGACUGUUUGUGAACUUGUAAAUGACCUUGCUGUUGUCUGCCUCCUGCUGAACACUUUUCUAUUGGUUGAUGUUUACAGAUUUUCUUUUUGUCUUUUUAUGUUGCCUCAAAUAUCAUGCUAAUUUUCCACAAACUCCAUUGAGGAGAAAAUGUUUAAAUGUCUGUUAGAAGUUUCCUCCAAUAAGCAGCUUUGUGAUAACCAAUCACCACAGUAAGAAGAAAGAUUGACCGGAAUAGAGGUUAGGGUUUGGAGUCAUGAGAGGCAUGACUCUGUCAUUGGAAAUUUGUGAAAAAUGCUUCAAUAUGUCCUUUUAAUCUAAUUUUAAGUUGGAAUAGAUGGGCUAAAAUGCAUCACAUCAUCAUUAUCUGAAUUACAGCACUGUGAUUCUUUGUAGUUCAGCGUUGUCUCAUCCACACAAGUGGAGCAAAUGGCUUUAUGUGCUUGAAGGUCCUAGAUAAACUUCAGCAUUCCUCACUACAAUAAAUGCCUUCCUUACUUCAAAGUAAAAAUGU